GCAGAAAGUAUGGGCGGCGACGAUAGUGGCGAGACGACCCAGCAACUCCAGGCACAUGAUGGUCUCUUCCUCACGCACCAGGAGAUUCAACUGCAUCAACUCUACCAAGAGCUCGCUAAGAUUCACCACCAGACGACCAAGUCCAGCGAUAGCAAUGUCCACGCGUCGUCGUCGUCCCAUGACGCACAUGUCCAUUCGCAUGCACCUGCCGCGCUCGCCCGUUCAUCCAGUUUGUCAACCAUCGGUAGCAGUGCAGCCAAUUCGUCCCUGUCAGCGAUCGAUCGCGUCAAAGCCGUCAUGGCGGCGAAGGCGAAGCAGCAGUCGUCCAAUCCAUUGACCAAGUCCACGGUGAAACAAGCGGCACCCAACAAACGCGCGAAUCCGCUGGCCGACCUGCUCAAACCGGGUGCAUCCCCAGCUACCCCAUCGACGAUCAAACGACCACGUCUUCACUCCAGCACUUCCGACCCCCUUCCAUCCUCGUCCUCGUCGCACGGACCCUCGACUGUCAAUACUGUCACCGGCGAAAUGCGCCUCUCCAACGGCCGCGGCAUCCAACUCCCGCCCGAAAGCUUCCUGCGCACCGACGAAUGGUCCUCCGAGAAGGACGACCCCCUCUCCGUGACGCUUCCAGCCGUCGUGUUCCGCACGAACAACACGCUCGUCGUGAACGGCCUCAUCCCGACGCACUCGUGUCGGUUUGUGCUCAACAUCGCGACCUCCGACGGCACGAUCGUGUGUCAUUUGAACCCCCGCAAGAUGCGGGGGGGGCAGAUCCUCCUCAACAGCUUCGUGGACCAACGAUGGGGCACGCCGCAGAUCGUCCAUCGGUGUCCGCUCGUGUUUGGGUCAGCCGCGCCGUGCGCGUUCAUGCUUCGCAUCACCAUCACGUCGAGCGGAUUCCUUCUCUAUUUGGACGAAAUGUUCGUGGAAGAGUUGAAGCAUCGCAUGCCGCUGCGCGAAGGCGACAACCUACUGCUACAAGUGCCCGUCAAGGACGAGUACGGCAACCCCGAGGUCGUGCGCAUCCACAACGUGUGGUGGGGCCACACGGACAUGACGUCGACCCACCAACACCCGUCCCUCACCCAUGCUCCGUCCGCCCACAGCAUGACCCCCACGGCACCGCCCUCGCGCUCUUCGACGUCUUCGUUUGGCAGCAGCAGUACCGCCGCCGCCGCCGCACCUCGUUAUCCGUCGGAUGGCCGCAACCAAUUCGACGUGUAUGUGGGCAACUUGCCGAGCGACGCGACCCGCGGCGACCUCGCGCGCCUCUUUGCCGACUUUUCGUACGAUUACAUCCGCAUCACCCCUCGGGGCUUUGGGUUCGUGGCGCUCAAGAACCAGGCCGACGUCGACCGCGCCGUGCGGGAGCUGGACGGCGCGAUGCUGCCGGGCUUCACGGUAUCCCUCAAGAUUUCCGUCGCGCUGUCCAAACGCACGGCAUAGCCAGUGUCUUGAACUCACACAUGGUGUCGGCUGUUAAGUUAAUAGAACCUCACAUACAUACUCAAGGACGAGUCUAGUAGCCAGAACACCCCCAGAACGACCAAAGUAAUUGAAGCAUGCUCCAGGUGUAGUGUAGCGUAUCACCCCCCUUCGAUCACCAACGUGUUGGACGCGGAUCGAUGAGCGUGGUGGUUGACGAAAGCUGCCGCCGACUGCAGCGCGUCGAGACCCCGGCG